ACCUGUUGCCUCUGCCUGGCCGCCGGCCCCCGUCCACCUCCUGCGGGGAGACAGAAAGCGAGCAAAGAUCGCCUUGCCUUGCGCCUCGCCUCCGUCCCCAUGACGGUCGGGGCCAAGCUGAGAGCCAGCUGCCCUCGGCUUAGCCGGGGCCAGGCAGAGGACCAGGUCUCCAUCCUCCAGAGGGAAGAAGGGAAAGAGAGGCCGCAGCAAGAAGCCGAGGARGAGGAGGAGGAGGAAGGGAAGGCGAGGGCGGAGGGGCCGGCUCCGGAGAGCCCCUCGGGGGAGAGCCCGUCGGCCAAGAAGGUGGCCUUCGCCUGCCUCCCGGAGAAGUACCAGCCCCUGGGAGAGGAAGGCGGGCGGAAGAGCAAGCGGCGCCGGAGGAAGCUCAGGAAAUACGGCAAGAACGUGGGCAAAGCACUACAAAAAGGCUGCCGUUACCUGGUCCUCGGCUUGCAGGGGUUAGCCAAUGCCUAUUCGUCUCCGCUCGGAGUGGCCGCUUCAGUAGCCACAGUGUUCCGCUAGCCCUGAGAGGAAGAUGCUGGCAUUGAAGCACAAGGAUGUUUCUCCUUUCCUUACGCACUUUGCCUUUGGGAAUGACUUCAACUCAGUAAUAAGGAGAAGAAAUGGAUCAUAUUGAACAUUAAGGAGCAUAGGCUGAUAUGCUCUGUUUUGAACAAAUUAUUCUUACUGUUUGCACACGGGGAGAUCAGAUCAAAAGCACAAGUGAGACCAAAGGUUGGAUUAGCAUUGAUUAAUUAUGCCAGACUGAGAAAAUAUAUCACACGUGAGCAUAGCAUACAUAGAUAUACACUCACAAAAGGAGGAAGAAAAGGAAAGUAAAUGAGGUGAAGAGGCAAGACUGAGGAAUAAAAGAGAGAUAAGGAGAGAAAGAGAAGGAAAUAGAAGAAAGGAAAUGUUGGUCUCUCCCCACACCCACCCAAUCAAGUCUGUGGUGCCUUUACAUGCUUUGAGACAAUCUGGCAUUCAACAGAUACAGCUGUCUACAGUACUGUCUCUCUUUAAUAUCUGUAUCACUGUAUUACAUCCUGUAACCACCACCAAUCUGUUAUAGAUACUUUGGAACCUCGUGAGAUAAUUCUAAUGAGGCAGGUUUAUCAGAUUCAAGGAAUGGUUGCUUUCAUUUUUCUGAGGAAUGCACAGAAUGAAAUGUUUUUGCCAGUGUUGGGAUAUAGUGGUCUUUGUUGUUGUUGAUGUGUGCCUUCAAGUCACCUCUGACUUAUGACAACCCUAAGGUAAACCUAUCAGGGAGUUUUCUGGAGCUGAAAGUGUGUGGCUCACCAAAGGUCACCCAAGUAGAUUUCCAUAGCCAAACAA